UCCCUUGACUAAUGUUGCUCAUACUUCAUAGGUGCAGAACCCAGGGGGGCGUUUCUUUAGUCUCUCCUCCCAAGUUUCUGAGAGCUUUUAAGUUUCUUUUCGGCUCCGAGGUUUUCGUCCCUCGAUAUGGCGGGGAUACCUCAGUGCUAGCUGGUGUGUAUGGGCCUACUGAAGUCAAGAUCAGCAAAGAGAUCUAUGAUAAAGCUACCCUGGAAGUGCUUCUGAGGCCCAAAGUGGGCCUACCAGGUGUCUAUGAGAGAAGUCGAGAGCAGAUGAUCAAGAAGACAUGCGAGGCGGUGGUCUUGGGCACCCUCCAUCCCCGUUCCUCUAUUACAAUUGUGCUUCAGAUAGUGACAGAUGCGGGCUCUCUGCUAGCAAGCUGCUUGAAUGCCACCUGCAUGGGUCUGAUGGAUGCAGGACUACCCAUGAACUCCUUGUUCUGUGGAGUGACUUGUGCCUUGGAUGCGGAUGGUAACAUCACCCUGGACCCCACGGCGAAACAGGAAAAGGAGGCCCAGUCUGUCCUGACAUUUGCCAUUGACAGCACUGAGAAGAAGGUACUGAUGUCGAACACAAAGGGUACAUGUUCAGUGGAGCAGGCAGGAAAAGGGAGAUUUGUCUGGGGGACGACGACACAGGUAUCAGCUUCAGCUCCAGCAGUGUGUUGCCGCCUCACAGCGAGCUGCUGACACCAUUUUCCAGUUCUAUCGCGAUGCUGCUCACAGGAAGUAUUCUAAGUGGUGACUCCUCUCCCAAGUGGGAUGGAGCAGAGACUGGCUGCUGCUGCUGAAGAGAACAUGGUGUGGGCUGGAUCAGCGCCACCCCUCCCCCCCCCACACUUCAACUUCCUUUCCAGCUCAUCCUUUAUUCCAAAGGAAAGGUGGUGUGAUCAGGUUGCUGAUAACUAGGGUUGUGGAGUAGGCUGUGGGUUCAGAUUGCAAGACGCUGAAAAGGCUGGGCUGCCUACCAGUCGACUACCUCUCCGUGCCACAGGAGACGUGCCAUGCUGGAUGAUUCUCCAUCUCUGCCCUCCCCAAGCAUGUGGGUUUCCAGUACUAUUACAUUUUGAUAAGCAUGUUUUUCCUCUCUCGCUUUAACAAAAAAUAUUGUUUCUGCACAUAUUGUUAGGUGACUGUCUCAGCUUGGCCUAGUUGCAAAGUUCUUUUGUUCUUUUUCAGUCCUUUGUUCUCUGUUUUGCCUAAAAUAGUCAUGUUGUGGUCAUUAAAGCACACACUUUUCUUUUUCCCGCC